AUGGCUAAUCUUGAUAUAUCGAGUUCAUCAUCAACUACUGGAAUAACUCGUCGUCAUGCUGUAAAUGGUCGUGAAGAACGUCCAAUAAAAGCUGAUUUUCUUUGUCGUGUUAAAUACAGCAAUGCACUACCGGAUAUCCCUUUUGAUACGAAAUUUUUAGCAUGUCCAUUUGUUUCAUUAAGCAGAUUCACUGAUUACAAAUCAUCUAGCUUGGAAAAAAAUUUCAAGUUCGAAUUACUUUGUGAACCAGAUUGUGGCGUUAAUAUUGACCUUAUCAAUCCAGAAACAUAUUAUGUUGAUCCGGAUAGCCCCAAAAAGCAUCAUCCCAUUGAUCUCGAACUUCUUGAAGAUGAACAAGCAAAUCCUCAGAAUUUACGCAGAUCCUUGCAACAUAGCAAAAUGGUGCCAUGGAUGAGGAAAACAGAAUAUAUUAGCUCGGAAUUUACAAGAUUUGGUGUAUCAGCUGAACGACAAGAAACUAGGAUUGGCUAUUGUACAAAGAAGAAAUUCCAAACGGAUGUAUUAUACAGGGAUCGAGCAUCACAAAUAGCAGCAAUUAAUAAGACGUUUGAUGAUGCAUCGAAAUCAGUAUUAAAUCAUCCAACGAAGAAAGGUGUAACAGCUGUUGAGGAGCUGUCACUAUUACCAGAUUUUGAUAAUUGGAUGCACCCGUUUGCACUCGUUGUUUUCGAUGGUGACCCAAUACCACAAAAUGAUAAAGUUGAUGCGCAAACUUUAAUGCCGCAAGCACUAAUACGUGGUAUGAUGGAUGAGGAAGGCGAACAAUUUGUUACAUAUUUCUUGCCGUCUAGAGAAACCUUGGAUAAACGUUUGAAAGAUGCAGAUGAGGGUCUUGAAUUCGAUUCUGACUAUGUGUAUGAGUAUCAAUCAGUUCGAGAUUAUAAUUGGUUGGUGAGAAAUAAAUCAACAAAAGGAUAUGAGCAGGACAAUUUUUUAUUUACAAUUCGUGAUGGUGCCGUUUAUUACAAUGAACUAGAAACAAAGGUUUCGUUAACUCGACGGAAAACCAAACGAAUACGGCAAGAAACAAAAUUGAUGGUACGAAAUCGUGCAUACGAUGAGAAUGAAUUAAAUGCACAGCAAGAGCGAUUGAAUAACUUAUUGCAUCCAUACGAUGAAAAAGAUGAUGAAGGGUCUGAGCAAGGUUCAAGUGAAGGAAGUGAACGAAGUCAUGAAGAAGAAGAAGAAGAAGAAGAGAAGAAAGUUGUUAAUGGUGGUGAUAAUGAUGAUGAUGAGAAUGAGAAUGAAUCAGAUGAUGAAUUAAGAAAAGAUUUAAAAAUUAAUAAAAGAAGUAGUGAUGAAGAGGAAAAGGAAGAUGAAUCAGCAUCAGAAAGUAGGAGAAGUGAUGAUAAAAAUAAUGAUGUUGAUGACGAUGAUGAUGAUGAUGAUGGUAGCAGCAAUGUACACAAUAGCAAUAUACUCGGAACGGGUGAUAACGACAAUAACGAUGCUGAUGAUGAUGAUGAUGACAGAGCUUCCGGAAAAAGUGAUUCGAGUAGUGGAGAUGAUGAUGGGGAUAAUAAUGACGACGAUGAUGAUGACGAUAAUGAUGAUAAUGAUGAUGAUGAUGACGUUGAUGACAAUGAUAAUAAUAAUAAUGUUAGUGAUGAUGAUGACGAUGAUGAUUAG